AUGUUUGAUAUAGUCCAGGAUUUGAGUGAUAUAGUCCAGGACUUGAGUGAUAUAGUCCAGGAUUUGAGUGAUAUAGUCCAGGACUUGAGUGAUAUGGUCCAGGAUCUGAGUGAUACAGUCCAGGAUUUGAGUGAUAUGGUCCAGGACUUGAGUGAUAUAGUCCAGGACUUGAGAGAUAUAGUCCAGGACUUGAGUGAUAUAGUCCAGGACUUGAGUGAUAUGGUCCAGGAUUUGAGUGAUAUAGUCCAGGACUUGAGUGAUAUAGUCCAGGACUUGAGUGAUAUAGUCCAGGACUUGAGUGAUAUAGUCCAGGACUUGAGUGAUAUAGUCCAGGACUUGAGUGAUAUGGUCCAGGACUUGAGUGAUAUAGUCCAGGACGAGUGA